AAAACAUUGUUACUCCCUCUUUCUCCUCCCAUACACAGACCCACGCCUCUCAACCUCUCCCAAAAAGACUGCUUCUGUGCUUGUGCUUGUGCUGUCUGCUCCAGAUAUGGAUAAUAGUUGGAUGACACUUGGUAAGACACCUAGAGACAGACUAAGUCAACAAUAUAUUGAUGGGGUGAAGUCAUUUCUUACUUUUGCAAUGACUGUUGUGGACCGAAGUGGAAAAAUUCUAUGCCCAUGUAUUGACUGUUUGAAUUGCUAUCAACAACAUGCUCACAUUGUGCAAAGUCAUUUGCUUCAUCGUGGGAUUAUGCAAGAUUAUACUAAGUGGUACUAUCAUGGAGAACCCCGUGAAUUAAAUGAGCACAUUGAUGAUGAAGAAAUGUCAGACAAUGAUCAUCUGGAUGGUAUUGAUGCCUUGGUGGAGGAUCGAAUUAGAGGGGAACCAAGAGAUACCACCCAGCAAGAUGAGGAAGUGCGUAAUUUUGAUAAAAUGUUUAGUGAUUCAAAGCAUGAGCUAUAUCCAGGUUGCACAGAUUAUACUCUUUUGAAGUUUGUCAUUGAAAUGCUAAAUGUGAAGGUAACAACCAACUUGAGUAAUAAGGGGCUUGACAUGAUACUAGACUUGUUGAGUAAGAUUUUACCGAAAGGUAACUUGGUUCCAAGGUCAACUUAUGAAGCAAAGAAGAUAUUACGUGACUUGGGCUUAUCAUAUGAGCACAUUCAUGCGUGCAAAAAUGAUUGUGCUCUCUUUUGGAAGGAAAAUGAAAACCUUGAUAAAUGUCCGGUGUGUCAAACGCCUAGAUACAAGGAUAAUAGAACAGGUGGUAAGAAGAUUGCUCAAAAAGUAUUGCGCUACUUUCCAUUGACUCCGAGGUUGCGGAGAUUAUACAUGUCUAGAAAAAGAGCUGAGGACAUGAGAUGGUACAUAGAAAAACGGGUGAAUGAUGGGAUAUUAAGGCAUCCAGCUGAUAGUCAGGAGUGGAAGGAGUUUGAUUUGAAACAUCAUGAGUUUGCCCUAGAACCUCGCAAUGUGAGGUUAGGGAUGGCUACAGAUGGUUUUAAUCCUUUUGGGAAUAUGAACAAUAACUACAGUAUGUGGCCUGUCAUCCUCAUUCCCUAUAACCUACCACCUUGGUUAGUUAUGAAAGAACCUUAUUUUAUGAUGUCCUUACUUAUUCCUGGACCCAGUCAACCAGGAAAUGAGCUUGAUGUUUUCUUGAGGCCAUUGGUUGAUGAGUUGAAGGAGUUGUGGGAAGAGGGUGCACGCACUUACGAUGCAUCUUGUGGUAUGCAUUUUCAGAUGCGUGCCGCUUUGUUGUGGACAAUACAUGACUAUCCUGGAUUCGGUAAUGUGUCUGGAUGGAGGACAAAGGGUUAUCAUGCUUGUUACACUUGCAAUGAUGAACCAUAUUCGGAGACAUUGGAAAGUAAAAUUGGAUACACUAACCAUCGUGCCUACUUGCCUAUGGACCACCCUUGGCGAAGGAGUUGCUCAUUCAAUGGUAAAAUUGAGAAACGGAUGAGAUCAUUGGAGUUACCGGUGGAAAAGAUAAAUGAGCAAUUUGACCGAAUGCCAAAUAUAAUUUUAGGAAAGAAUCCAAACAAUAAGAAAAAGCGUCCAAUUAUUGGGGGACCGAAUUGGUCAAAGAAAAGUAUCCUAUACAAGCUACCAUACUGGAGGAAUAAGAAGCUUAAACACAAUAUUGAUGUCAUGCAUGUUGAGAAAAAUAUUAGUGAGAGUACAUUCGGAACUUUGUUGGGAAUUGAGGGGAAAAACAAGGACACAGACAAGGCACGCAAGGACUUGAAAAAUAUGGGCAUAAGGAGUGUUUUGCACCUCCAAGAACGUCCUGAUGGAUCAUUUGACAAGCCUCAUGCCUUCUUUUCAUUGUAUCCUGAAGAAAGGGAUGGUUUUUAUGAAUUUUUGAAAUCAGUUAAGUAUCCAGAUGGCUAUGCAGCAAACAUAUCGAGGUCGGUGAACACAAGAAAUGGUAGACUAUUAAAUCUGAAAAGCCAUGACUGUCAUGUGCUUUUACAGCGGAUUCUUCCAAUUGGGAUGCGGGGUUUUGCUGAUAAGGACAUUUGUACAGUAUUGUUUGAGUUGGGCAGUUUUUUUCAAGACUUAUGCUCUAGGACCCUAAGGAAGAGCGACUUGGAGAAAUUAGAAGGACGUAUACUUCUCAUACUAUGCAAACUCGAGAAGUACUUUCCUCCAGCAUUUUUUGAUGUAAUGGUUCAUCUUGCUGUUCACCUACCUCGUGAAGCCAUUCUUGGAGGACCAGUGCAAUAUAGGUGGAUGUAUCCCAUUGAAAGGUUUCUUGGAACGUUGAAAAGAUACGUUUCUAACCGAGCUCGACCAGAAGGUUCAAUUGCAGAGGCUUACAUUCUUAAAGAGUGUAUUACUUUCUCAUCAUUAUAUCUGGAUGGAGCUGAAACCGUGCAUAAUCGAAGGGAAAGAAAUGCUGAUUGUGGUGAAUAUGGCCAAGGGUUGACGAUUUUCUCACAAACAGCUCGACCCACCGGGUCUAGGCAGAAUGAUGUGGGGAUGUCACGUGAAUUGCGUGAUAUUGCUCAGUGGUAUUUGUUGUACAAUUGUCCCGAGUUGGAGCCGUAUUUAGAUGAACACAAAAACACAUUACAUAAUCCAACUGGAGAAGACAUAACUCAAAUACAACGACGAGAGUUUCCUAAGUGGUUCAAAGAACGUAUCUAUAGAUUGAAAGAGAACGACUCAUCAGAAGUUACAAAACAAAUGUGGUCAUUAGCAAAUGGUCCUAAGUUGCUAAUGAAAGAAUACUCGGUCUGCAUGGUCAAUGGUGUAAGGUUCCAUACAAAAGACUUGGACAAUCGUCGUGUAACCCAAAAUAGCGGUGUAUCUACAGAAGGGGACCAUGAUGGACAAAUACAUGACUUCUAUGGUCAUGUGUGCAAAAUUUGGGAAUUGGAGUAUAUGUAUCAAUAUAAAGUUGUUUUGUUUCAGUGUGAAUGGUACAAUACUGGUAAUAAGAUCGGUCGAAGGAGAACGAUACGAACUGAGACACAUUGCACAAGUAUCAAUGUGCAAAGUCGGUGGUAUCAAAAUGACCCUUUCAUAUUACCUAGUCAGGCGAAACAAGUUUUCUACCUUCGUGAUACCAAAUGGGGUGAACCUUGGCAUGUUGUGCAAUGUGUACAAUAUAGGGGAAUGUUUGAUGUGCCAGAGGUGGGUGAUGGAGAAUCCAAUGAUCAAACAGAAGCAAAUGAAGCAUUCCAACAAGAAGCCAUUAGCGAUUUUGUCCCUAUCGAUGUUGUCCCUAUCGAUGUUGAAGAUAAUGUUCAAUAUUGUAAGGGUGGUAUUGAAGUUGAGAAUAUUCCAGAAGAUUUGGGAGAGCAAGGGGAUAAUAAUGAAGAUGAAGUGCAUAACAUACCUAAUUCUGAUAUGGAUCCUGAUAUGGAUUAUGAUAUGUAGAUUUCAUUUUUUUCCUUUGUAUGUGGAAACCUGCGUUUAAUAAUUUUUGAUUCCCUAUUAUUUGUUCA